CUCGCACAGCCCUCCCCUCCCCUCCCCAAAGUUGCGCACGUUUCUUUCUCUUCCCAUCCUUCACCCUUGUUCAUUCUUUCUUCCGGCCCUUGUCUCUGUUUUUUUUUUAUUUUUUUGUUGCGAAUAUCAUGGAUGAUUUUCUAGCAUAUGUGAUGGUGGAUGAACAGGGGACUGGAAACGAUGGAGCAUUGGACGAUUCCUGCCUGCGACGAUCGACGGAGGUCGGAAAUGGAAGAAACGAAGAAGCUCUAAGCGUCGGAAAUGGUGGACCUGUGAACGAACAAGACGGAGCUGCGAUGGAGGACCGAAAUGGUGGAUUUGUGAACGAAGAAGAUGGAGCUCCGGACAAAGUUGGGGAUGAAGACUUAGGUGCGACGGGUGGUAGAGCUGCGACACAAGGUGGCAACGAAGUUCUGAUCUUUGAGGGUCUGGAUGAUGAAAACUUUGACGGGGAAGGAAGUAGCAGGGGGAAGACAAACGCAGAUGGCGGAGGUAUUUUAUUUGACACACACAGACAGCUUACAUACACAGUGUCAGUGUGUACCGAAAACUAAUGUAUAUAUGGUUAAUGUAUACCUACAAAUAUGAAUUAAUGUAUGUGUGAAUGUUGUUAAUGUAUACCUACAAAGAUGUAUUUGAUGUAUGAAUGUUGUUAAUGUGUACCUAUAAAAAUUGAUUUUAUCAAUGAAUGUUGUUAAUGUAUACCUACAAAUAUGA